CUCCCCUCCCCUCUCCACCCUCCCCUCCCCGGUGGGCGGGUCUCCUUUCUCUCUCGGAUGUAGAUCAGAUGAUUCGGGCUGCAGCGGACGGAUCUGCAGUCAGACAUGGAGGUGAGUGAAGCUCUCUGUCAGCAGGAUCGACUGCAGCUCCUCGCAGAGAAGAGGAAGUGGCAGACAGAGAUCGAGAACAAGAAGCGUCAGCUGGAGGACGACAGGAGAGCGCUGCAGCACCUGAAGUCGAAGGCUCUGAGGGAGCGCUGGCUGCUGGAUGGAGCUCCAUCUGCUGGACCAGAACAGGACGACGUAAAGAGGCAACUGGAGCAGGAUGAGGCCAAGACCAGGAGCCUGGAGGAGACCAUUAACAGGUUGGAGCAGGAGCUGGUCGGUUUGGAAACUGGAGCCGUUUGUCAGACCAUAACACACACUACUGUGUCAUCAGGAUCAGUUACAGCUGUAGAGGUCAAAGGUCACAGCAGCCGGCAGCAGGACAGGCCUGCAGCUUCAGGUCAGAUACAGAUACAAGCCUUUGCAGAGGUCAAAGUUCAUAAAAGCCCUCGAAUGAACAAACCGAGAGAGGCGACGGAGGAGAUGAAGAGAGCGAUGUACUCGGUGGAGAUUAAAGUAGAGCGGGACAGAGUGACGGGGGAAACCAGGGUUCUGUCCACUAACACCACACUUCCUGUUGACCUCUCUCACCAAGGGGUCAAAGUUUACGAGGACGAGCAGAAAGUGGUCCAUGAGAUGAACGGUGAAGAUGGCGUCCAACUGCUCAGCUUCUCCGAGGUCGAAGAGCUCAUCCACAAAGCCGACGAGGCCUCGAUGAUGUCACAGACUGUCGCCACGGUCGCCUCGUUCCCGACUGCGGAGGUCCAGGAGGAGGCGGGUCCUGAGCCACCGGAGAUCACCGGGCUGGAGGCCAAAUCGGGCGGCGAGCCGAGCGUGGGCGAGGCCAGUGCCGAGAACCCCGUCACCAUGGUGUUCAUGGGAUACCAGAGCGUGGAGGACGAGGACGAGACCAAGAAGGUGCUGGGGCUGCAGGGCACGGUGAAGGCCGAGCUGGUGCUCAUCGACGACGCUGACGGGAAGACAUCACCUGGCGAAGGGAAGGAGGAGACCGCCGGUGUUCAGACACCAGCGCUGCCUCCGCUCGCCUCGACUGCCCUGCCGCCCUCCACCAAACCUCUGGAGACGAUGGCGGCGGCGAGCAACGGGGAGACGGCGGGGGAGGCGGAGGAGACGAAGGGAAGAGCGGUGGAGAUAAAGAAGGAGAAGCAGCCGUGUAAGUGCUGCAGCAUCAUGUGAUCCUGCAGGGGGCGCUGCUUUGAAAUAUAAUAUAUAAAAUAAAAAGGACGGAGACUUUCUAGGACAAAAACUACAGGAACUUAACUCCACCCACUGCCCUCAGCCCCGCCUCUAACAACAUGACAUCAUUUCCUGUUUCUUCAUUCUCCUCUGUUUUAUAAAACCUUUCUUUACUUUUUCUAUUUUCUUGAAGCCUUUUUACUUUUGUACUCCUCAUGUUUCCAGUUGUGACGCCUCAAUGCAUCUAAUUAGCAUUAGCAUUAGCAUUAGCCAAGCAGUCGUGAGAUUUGUAACAUUAACCUCGCUCUUUAUAAGCUCUAUAACAAAAAAACAGUGAAUUCAUUUUAGACUUGUAUUUAUUUGAUUUUGUAAGUUUCUCCUGCUGCAGAGUUUCACGCGAUGAUUCUGUUUGUUGGAGUCUUUUCAGCUUUUUUUUGGGUUUUAUAAGCGAAAAUAAAAGCGACCUGACUCAGUGCUGAACAGAAGAAACAGAUUUUCCUGAUUGUAUUUGUGUUUGCAGACAAACAUCACUGUCACUGUAUCUGUCAUCUCCAUCAUCCUCCAUCACAUCACAUCACAUCAUGUCGCUGCGCUUUGUUUCCAACAUCAAUCUCUUAAACCUGCCAAUUUAAAAUACAGCAGAUUUCAUCGGACUGAACGUCUGUUGCUUAAUUAUCAGACUGAUUGAUUGUUCACUAAGCUCCGCCCCCCUCAGUUACUGUCGCUAACCUGUCAGUCACAAUGAUAACGCUGGCAGAGUCAUUUUUGCAGUUUGGCAGUUAGUGCAGUUAGCGAGCUGCGGUCGGCUGACCGUUAACGCCCGGAUCUCAAACAACUGCUGAUCCUCGCCGGAGCUCUGAGAGGAAAACCGAGGCGAAUGUUUCCUGAGCGUUACAGAACAAACACGCUGAUUGAACAGAAAAGUCUCAAACAAACUCACCCAACAGUUAUUUCUGCUCCGCUUCUCUCGUCUGUUUCUGCAUUUUAACUCCGCUCACAUCAAACAUCAAUGACACAAAAUAAGGAAGUUAUGUGAAUCAAUAUUAAAUCCUCCGUAUCGCUCAUUAAAUAUACAAUACCAUUGUUAGAAACUUAAUGCAAUGAAAAAUCCCAAUAACUGACCCAAUAAUCUAUAUAAAUAUAUAUAACAUAAAUGAUGUAGCAGUAGCAGAAUAAAUCAAAUUAAGCUAAUUAAAUACGAGGCGGUGUCGACCCAGAUGUUGAUUUUCCGUGAGUCUCUUUAACACAUCUGCUAACAACCAACUGAAGGCAAAAUUAAACAAAACAAAACGUGCGCCGAAUUGAAUUAUUUUAAAGGCUUAUCAAGUCGGCUUCAGGAGGAUCUUUACUGGACGUGGAGAGGACGACACCAUGUGACCAAAUAGUCUUCAGAAGCAGAAACAUCAGUUAAACUUCACUUUUAUUUGCACGUCACAGUUUGUAAAGUAGCCAGACUAAAGGUGUUCAGACAGGAAGUGAAGUGAACUUUCACCUCGUGUUUAUUUGUCCCAAACAGCCAAAGCUGUGUUGUAAGCUAGCUAACAAUCUCUUUCUGUUUGCUGGGAAUAUUUUGCUCAAGUUGAAACGUCUUCGACUCGCGUCACUCCACUGACUCUGUAUGUUCUCAAAACGUAACCUUUGCAGUGAAGACGCAGAGUCUAGCAGCUGUGCGUAGAUACAGCGGUGCUUUGAGCUAAAUGCUAACGUCAGCAUGCUAACAUGCUCGCAGUGUCUGUAAAAUAAAUCUUGUGCCAAUCCAUCAAGUAGAUGUUGAAAUAUUUCAGUGGACACAGUCACAUGUUGACCUGAUGAAGGCGCGAGAUGAAACGUCCCAGGAUGAAAGUUUGUACAGUUCGUCCUGAGGAACACGAAGGUCUCAACCACAUUUCAUCACAGACAGACAGACAGACGGAGUCAAAUCCAUUAAACUGACCAGAGGCCAUUAAAAAUCCCAUAAUGCUCAUAAUUUAUUCCUCCCUCACUGAUCUGCUCUCAGGGCGGCCAUGUUGUCGUGAUUCAGUCUGUCUGUUCUGUUUCAUCCAUUCAUUAAAUCUUGUUUUCAGCAACACAGUCAGUAAACAUGUGAUCAUGUGAUCAUCUUAUAAAGAAGUUCACAGCUGUCAUCACUCGUUCUUUGUUCUCCAUCAGCUCCUGAAAAGCUGCUUCUGUUUCUCAGUUGAAAUGACGUGAAGCAGUGAGACGUCCUCAGAGACGGACACGCGUCAUGUUUAAAUGGCUUCAUGUCUUCCAUCAACAGAUCUGAACUGAUCUGCUGACGGACGAUCGCCACGGUGACGACACAACAAAGAUGGCCGACUGAAAGACGAUAGCGGCGACAGGAAGAGACAGAUCAGCUGGUCCUCGUUUGUGUCAAAGAAGCACUGAGAUGAGACAUUUUGUCCAAACUCAAAGGUUCAUCCUGUGAGGAGCAGGAAUGUGAUCAAUACAUGUCGUUACAGUCUGUCCUGAAGUCAGCUGACUGUGGGCGACGUGUCGGGUGGACUGUUGACCUCCUGAUGAGUUUAUUAGCAGCAAACAUAAGUAAUAACAUCACAUCUACAAAUACAGAAAGCCUUAAUUAAUGUAUCCAGAUCAGAAGAGAUAAACCUGUUAGAGCAAAACCAAAGUGUAAAAACAACAACUUUAUGUUUUAAGAGCCGGACUCCGGACCUCCGGACCGGCGGACUGAUGGCUCGCGGACUCGCGUACCGUCACGUGUUCACCAUCAUCACAUCAUGAGCAGCGAGCCACGAAAUGCACCGAGACUUUAAGUGUUUCCAUGGCGACAAACUGACCCUGUAACGGUUCUUUACAGCGUUGUUAAUGGCGGCUCACGCAGGAUGUGUGCAGCGCCGACAGAUCUGUUUUACACGAGCUGCCAAACGCACUUCACUGUGAGCCGUCAGCGCAGGAUCCUCACGCUGCAGGUCGGAGGUCAGCGGGGUUUCACAGGCCUGUACGAGGGCGAUGUUUUGUUUGUUAAAAGUGGUUAUAGGACGGCGUCUGUGUGAACGGAGUUACAGCAGAACAGACUGAUGCGUGCAGACUUCGUGCAGGACUCACAUGUAAAUCUACACACCAUAGAUGGAGCUUCAUACUGUCGUUGUCUUGGAAAAAAAAUCAGCAUGUCAUUUAUUGUUAUGAUCAGAUGUUACGAGGUCGUAUUUAUUGGGGUUUACAUGAGUCUCGUAUUUACAUUGUUACAGUCGAUUGUAAAGGUUUUGAUGCCAACUAAAAAGGGAAAACCAAAUGUUUUUGCUUGAGGGCCGGUUUUGCCCCAAAACCAACCUUUACCUGUCUAACUUAUAACAAACUAAUCCAAAGUAUUCAGCCGUCUGUACGUACAUUAUCCAACCUCACUGCAUCAGUACAUAUGUACAACAAUAAAGCAAAUGUCUUCAAAAAUAAA